AUGGAACCGUCUUGUGCUUUCCAACUCGAGGUUUCCCCCAAGUUGGCCAUGGUCUAUGGUUUCACUCUGACUGAAAAGUAUCUCAUCGCUGCCGCGCAAAGAUGUGUCGUGUAUAGCCAUGAUACCCUCCGCCCGGGAAAACAAGCCGAGUUUGAUAUUGGGCUAAACUGGGAGGUGAAGUGCUACCCGGAGUCUACCCUCUUGCUUGUUGCUACAUGGGAUGCCGCUGGCAAGGACUUUAUCGGGGGCGGGAUGGCAAAUUCUGUUGCAUUCAUCAACAAGUCCCAAUAUGCAUCUAGUUCUACCUAUGGUAGCGAGAUUCUGCUAUGGCAGCGAGAGAAGCAAGAGCCUACUCACACUCUCCAGGGUCAUACAGGGCGGAUAAACCGGCUAGAAAGCAUGGAGAGCAUGUUGUUUUCUGCAUCUGAGGAUGGAACUGUACGAAUUUGGAACGCAACGUCCGGCGAAUGUAUUCAAGUGUUGGAAAGGCACCCGGAGGACACCUCGAUUCUGAAAUUUAGCCCUGAUGGCUCUCUCCUUCGUGCUGGCGGCGGCACUGGUCAAGUUCGCAUUUGGGACUGGAAGAAUGGGUAA